AAGGGAGCUGUGGGCCGCCUUGUUGUAGUGGCUGUUGGACUCUAUGGUCUCUGGAACACCUACAAGCUCCGUCCUUUCUGUCUAUGGUGCACGAGGCCUAGAGCGGUCCUUCUCGCGGAGCACUGUAGGGCAACCAUGGCGGCGCUCGGGGGGUUGCGUUACGGUCGCUGAGGCAACUGUUGGCAGGAGCGGGGUCGAGCCGGCCCUGCCGCGCGGAGUGGUUCCCCGUAGGCCUCAUGUGUUCCCGCCGCGGCCCGGCAGCCCGUUCCUCCGCAGCUUGGUAGCGACGGGCGGCGAUGACCGAGGCGGGCGAGGCGUCGCUGCACCGGCUGGCUGGGACCGGCCCCGAGGCCGAGGCGGGCGGGCUGGUCCCGCGGGCGCGCAGCGCCGUCCCCGAGCAGCACGUCUUCAAGGCGCCGGCGCCGCGGGCAUCGCUGCUGGGCCUGGACGUGUUGGCGGCCCAGAAGCGGCGCGAGCGUGAGGAGGAGGGGACGAGCGGGAAACGGUCCCGGGUGUCCUCCUACAGGGACUGGGAGGAGGGCCGCGACGAGGCGGGCAGCCCCGACGAGGAGGAGGACGAGGAGGAGGAUCGGAGCGGUCGCAGCACCCGCAAGGACAGGCAUUACCGUUCUGUCCAUGUGGAAACACCUUCCUACACAGGUGGUGUCAGUGAGGAGUUUUGGGAACGCAGCCGACAGCGGGAAAGAGAGCGUCGUGAACACGGUGUCUUUGCCUCCUCAAAGGAGAAGGAACGGAAGAAAGAGCACAGUAGGGACCGAGGCCACGAUCGUAAACGGGACCGUGAGGACUGGGACAGAAGUCGUCACAGUAGCAGAUCAGAAAGAGAUGGCUCGUUGGAGCGAAACAGCAGGAGAAGUGAACCAGAGAGUCCCAAGCAUCGUCCCAAAGAUGCAGCCACGCCGUCUCGCUCCAGCUGGGAGGAGGAGGACAGCAGUUACAGCAGUUCCCGCCGCUCACAAUGGGAAUCUCCUUCACCCACACCUUCCUAUCGAGACUCAGAGCGCAGUCACCGGGCAUCACGGGACAUAGAUCGGAGAGACCGGGACAGGUCUGUAAGGAGCAGGUAUUCAGAUAAGACACCAUUGCCCACCCCAUCCUACAAAUAUAAUGAGUGGGCUGAUGACCGGAAACACCUGGGGUCCACACCACGACUGUCCAGAGGUAGAGGGCGGCGUGAGGAUGGGGAGGAGGGCAUUGCUUUUGAGACGGAAGAAGAGCGCCAGCAGUGGGAGGAUGACCAACGGCAAGCGGACCGGGACUGGUAUAUGAUGGAUGAAGGCUACGAUGAGUUUCACAACCCCUUGGCCUACUCAUCUGAUGAGUACGUGAAGAAGCGGGAGCAGCACUUGCACAAGCAGAAGCAGAAGCGUAUCUCUGCACAGCGGCGGCAGAUCAAUGAGGAUAACGAGCGCUGGGAGACAAAUCGCAUGCUGACCAGUGGUGUGGUUCAUCGGAUUGAAGUGGAUGAAGAUUUCGAAGAGGAUAACUCAGCCAAAGUCCAUCUGCUGGUGCAUAACCUGGUGCCUCCUUUCCUAGAUGGGAGGAUAGUCUUCACAAAACAGCCAGAGCCAGUCAUCCCUGUAAAGGAUGCCACUUCCGACUUGGCCAUCAUAGCCCGAAAGGGCAGCCAAUUGGUGCGCAAACACAGGGAGCAAAAGGAGCGUAAAAGGGCUCAGCAUAAACACUGGGAGCUGGCAGGCACAAAACUGGGAGACAUUAUGGGGAUCAAGAAGGAGGAGGAGAAGGAUGAGAUGGUGACAGAAGAUGGCAAAGUGGAUUACAGGACUGAGCAGAAGUUUGCUGAACACAUGAAAGAAAAAAGUGAAGCAAGGAGUGAGUUUGCCAAGAAGAAGUCAAUUCUGGAGCAGAGACAGUAUCUGCCCAUCUUUGCUGUGCAGCAGGAGCUGCUUUCCAUCCUCAGGGACAACAGCAUUGUGAUUGUGGUUGGGGAGACAGGGAGUGGUAAGACAACUCAGCUGACACAGUACCUCCAUGAGGAUGGCUACACAGACUAUGGCAUGAUUGGCUGCACACAGCCCCGCAGAGUGGCGGCCAUGUCGGUUGCCAAGCGGGUCAGUGAAGAGAUGGGAGUGCGUCUGGGAGAGGAGGUGGGUUAUGCUAUCCGCUUUGAAGACUGCACGUCAGAGAACACGAUAAUCAAAUACAUGACAGAUGGGAUCCUCCUUCGUGAGUCGCUACGAGAGGCUGACUUGGACAACUACAGCGCUAUCAUCAUGGAUGAGGCACACGAGCGCUCACUCAAUACUGAUGUGCUCUUUGGCCUGCUUCGGGAGGUGGUAGCACGACGCUCGGAUCUGAAGCUUGUUGUCACCUCUGCCACCAUGGAUGCUGAUAAAUUUGCCUCUUUUUUUGGGAAUGUUCCCAUUUUCCACAUUCCUGGGCGCACCUUUCCUGUUGAUAUUCUUUUCAGCAAGACACCGCAAGAGGAUUAUGUGGAGGCUGCAGUGAAACAAGCUCUGCAGGUCCAUUUGUCUGGUGCUCCUGGAGACAUCCUUGUCUUCAUGCCUGGUCAGGAGGAUAUUGAGGUGACAUCAGAACAAAUUGUGGAGCACCUUGAGGAGCUGGAGAAGGCACCUGCACUUGCUGUACUGCCUAUCUAUUCUCAGCUGCCAUCGGACUUACAGGCCAAGAUCUUCCAGAAGGCUCCAGAUGGUGUCAGGAAGUGCAUUGUUGCCACUAACAUUGCAGAGACCUCACUGACAGUGGAUGGUAUCAUGUUUGUUAUUGACUCUGGAUACUGCAAGUUGAAGGUUUUCAAUCCCCGUAUAGGCAUGGAUGCACUGCAGAUCUACCCCAUCAGUCAAGCCAAUGCCAAUCAGAGAGCUGGCCGAGCUGGCCGAACAGGCCCAGGUCACUGCUUCAGGCUCUACACCCAGAGCGCCUACAAGAAUGAGCUGCUGACAACCACAGUGCCUGAAAUCCAGCGCACCAACCUCGCCAAUGUAGUGCUUCUGCUCAAAUCUCUGGGUGUACAGGACCUGCUGCAGUUCCACUUCAUGGAUCCACCUCCUGAGGACAACAUGCUCAACUCCAUGUACCAGUUGUGGAUUCUGGGGGCCCUGGAUAACACAGGUGGUCUGACCUCAACAGGACGUCAGAUGGUGGAGUUCCCACUGGAUCCUGCGCUCUCCAAAAUGCUCAUUGUUUCAUGUGACAUGGGCUGCAGCUCUGAGAUAUUGCUAAUUGUUUCCAUGUUGUCUGUGCCUGCCAUCUUUUAUCGGCCUAAGGGCCGAGAGGAAGAGAGCGACCAAGUGCGGGAGAAAUUUGCUGUCCCAGAGAGUGAUCACUUAACUUACCUGAAUGUUUACCUGCAGUGGAAGAACAACAACUACUCUACUCUGUGGUGCAACCAGCACUUCAUUCAUGCCAAGGCCAUGCGGAAGGUGCGGGAGGUGCGUGCCCAGCUCAAGGACAUUAUGGUGCAGCAGCGCAUGAGCCUGGCAUCCUGUGGUACUGACUGGGAUGUUGUCAGGAAGUGUAUCUGUGCUGCGUAUUUCCAUCAAGCUGCAAAGCUGAAAGGCAUUGGGGAGUAUGUCAAUAUCCGUACAGGCAUGCCUUGCCACCUGCACCCCACCAGCUCCCUCUUUGGCAUGGGCUACACUCCAGACUACAUUGUUUAUCAUGAGCUGGUCAUGACCACCAAGGAAUACAUGCAGUGUGUUACUGCUGUGGAUGGAGAGUGGCUGGCAGAGUUGGGCCCCAUGUUCUACAGUAUCAAGCAUGCUGGCAAGUCACGUCAGGAGAACCGCCGACGUGCAAAGGAGGAAGCAUCCGCCAUGGAGGAAGAGAUGGCUCUGGCUGAGGAGCAGCUGCGUGCCCGCCGGGAGGAGCAGGAGCGCCGUAACCCGUUAGGCAGUGCAAGAUGUACUAAAAUCUAUACACCUGGACGGAAGGAGCAGGGGGAGCCCCUGACGCCACGACGUACCCCAGCCCGCUUUGGCCUCUGAGAAGGGAGUGCCCAUUGCUUCAAGGCAUAAGGACUUUCCAGGAGCAGCUGAGUCUUAGGGCUCAGUUCCUCUGACUGCUGUGAGGCUCUCUACAGCCUGUGGCCCGGGAAGGCUUUGAUGCUUUGUACUAUUUUUGUUACAGAACAAAAAUAAUUUUAUUUGUUUAAAGGUUGUCAGUCUUUAA